CAGUGUCUGCCACGUGCACCGCCACACAUGUGUGAGUCAAUACCAGACUAUGGGUCCACGUCGUUUACACGAAAAAUAUCUGAGCUUUAAGUAUAUUUACCACAUCGCUAUGGGUCUUAAAUCAAUCUAUCCUGCAUUCUAUGUUGCACCUAACAAUCCCACUAUCGCUGUGCCCGAGACUAGCGAUUUUACGGGUGAGAGUCUGAUGACGAGUGACCAGUACCGUCGCCAUGUUAAGAAACACGAGAUGCUGUUGCCACAGCAACAGAUGAUGGGCGAGAGACGAGGAGCACAGAACACAAAGCGUUAUGUUGGUACACAGCCCUUUUAA